CUACGUAGCUCAAUUUGCUUUUGGAGCUGUGGGAUUACUGACUUAUUUUGCUUUUUUUUUGUGAAAGAUCAGUAUCGAUCUGACUAGUGGCGCAAAUGCAUCGACCGAGAAGCCUCACGUCCGUGUCAGAAAAAGAAAACACACCGGUUGCUCAAAAGUCGUCGAGGCUGUAUGGAGGUGGACCGCAGUCAAUUGAACGCCUGGUGAAGCCGUUCAAAUGUCCGGGCUCAUCAACGCCGAGCCGAUUGUCGGACAAGCCCGCAAGAAAGCGGCGAAAAGUAGACUACACCGGUGCAGAUGCGAGCAUUGAGGAUGGUGACAAACCUUGGACGAACGAUGAUCGACUAGCCCUGGCAAAUCGAGAUGUGAAUAAGUACGGGAUUUUUCAAGUGAAAGACAAGGAAACGGCAUUUCGACAACGGUUUACGGUACCUUUGAUCAACAAGCAAGCGGCUGGCUACGAUCCGUCUCGGCCUGCUCCGACCCUGGGAAUGCGAAGAGGAGCAGUCUUUGUUGCAAAGCCGCUCCAUGACCCAAGUGGCGAGUUUGCGAUUGUUUUAUUUGAUCCCACUAUAGACGACAAACCAGCCAAGAAGGAGGAAGGGGAAGUAGAGGAAAAGCCAAAAGAAGAAGAGCCGAUGGAAUUAAAAGUUCCACUCGUGCAUAGAAGUCUUGCAGACAUUUUAGGGUUGAAGAAAGAGACGGACGAGCAUCCAAAGGUGCCGGUCGUGAUUGAUCCGAGACUGGCAAAAGUGUUGCGACCGCAUCAAGUCGAGGGUGUAAAGUUUUUGUACAGAUGUACAACUGGCUUAAUUGAUGACAACGCGAAUGGAUGCAUCAUGGCAGAUGAAAUGGGUCUCGGAAAGACUCUCCAAUGUAUAGCACUCAUGUGGACACUACUUAAACAAUCACCAGAAGCGGGAAAAUCGACGAUACAAAAAUGUGUGAUAGCAUGUCCGUCGAGCUUGGUAAGAAACUGGGCAAACGAAUUGACUAAAUGGCUGGGCGCGGGCACAAUUACACCAUUUGCAAUUGACGGGAAAGCCUCAAAAGCGGAGCUCACACAGCAAUUACGCCAGUGGGCCAUUGCAAGCGGCAGGGCCGUCGUCCGGCCUGUUCUAAUUGUCUCUUAUGAAACACUACGACUCAAUGUGGACGAGCUCAGAAACACUCCUAUCGGUCUCUUACUCUGCGACGAAGGACAUCGUCUGAAGAACGGCGAAAGCCAGACCUUCACCGCACUCAACUCUUUAAACGUCGACAGGCGAGUCAUUCUAUCCGGCACGCCCAUCCAGAACGAUCUUUCCGAGUAUUUCUCUCUCCUCAACUUUGCAAAUCCCAAUUUGCUCGGCAGCCGCAACGAAUUCCGGAAAAAGUAUGAAAUACCUAUUCUUCGAGGGCGAGACGCAGCGGGAACAGAUGCCGAUCGACAAAAAGGUGAUGAAUGUCUAGCAGAGCUGCUGACUCUAGUCAACAAGUUCAUCAUCCGGCGUACUAAUGACAUUUUAUCCAAAUACCUACCUGUCAAAUACGAGCACGUGGUCUUCUGCAACUGCGCACCCUUUCAGAUGGAUUUGUACAAGCACUUUUUGCGAAGCCCAGAAAUCAAGAGCCUGCUUCGCGGAAAAGGCAGUCAGCCGCUCAAAGCCAUUGGUAUUCUGAAGAAACUCUGUAAUCAUCCAGACCUGCUGGACCUACCAACCGAUUUACCAGGAAGUGAGCAAUACUUCCCCGAAGACUAUGUUCCCAGAGAAGCACGAGGACGCGACCGAGACGUCAAGACGUGGUAUUCUGGUAAAAUGAUGGUUCUCGACCGAAUGCUCGCCCGCAUACGACAAGAUACCAACGACAAGAUUGUCCUCAUCAGCAACUACACCCAAACGCUCGACAUGUUUGAACGCCUGUGCCGGUCCCGCGCAUACGGCUGUCUCCGCCUUGACGGAACCAUGAACGUCAACAAGCGCCAGAAACUCGUCGACCGGUUCAACAACCCGGACGGAGAAGAGUUUGUGUUCCUGCUGAGUAGUAAAGCCGGAGGAUGCGGUCUGAACUUGAUUGGUGCCAAUCGUCUUGUCUUAUUCGAUCCAGACUGGAACCCCGCUGCAGACCAACAAGCCCUCGCCCGCGUGUGGCGCGACGGCCAGAAAAAAGACUGUUUCGUCUACCGCUUCAUCGGCACGGGCACCAUCGAGGAGAAGAUCUUCCAGCGUCAAUCCCACAAGCAAUCCCUCUCAUCAUGUGUUGUCGACUCUGCAGAAGACGUCGAACGCCAUUUCACGCUCGAUUCCUUGCGUGAGCUCUUUCAGUUCAAGCCAGACACUCCGUCCGAUACGCAUGAUACCUUUAAGUGUAAGCGCUGCAGACCUGCCGGCCGUAGCGGAGGUCGUAACGAUAGUGAAGACCUUUCCAGGAGUAGCGGAUUGGGCGCAGACGGUAGCGGCAGCGCAGGCACCGGCGCAGGCGGGAAAGUAAAAGGAACUGGAGGCGAAGGUGGUAAAGGAACUGGAACUGGAAGUGGCUUCCAGUCCCAGCGCCUCAAAGCCCAAGCCAUGCUCUACGGCGACACCAGCACGUGGAACCAUUUCGUCAACGACGGCGAGGCCGGCCUGCUUGGCAAAAUCCAGGACUUGCUGCUGCGCCAGGAAACCCGCGAGAGAGACGUCAGUGCCGUCUUUCAGUAUAUUAGUCAUUAG